CACACCCUCGCGCACCGCAAUGGGUUCGUCUCACCCUCCUAAUGUCCCACCCUGUCAUCCUCUCCCUCUCUCCCCAUCUGUGCCUCUUACCUUCCUCCGGACCCUCCAGCACCAGUUCUUCAGCACACUCUCAUGCACCGCAGAUUCGCCUGACCCUCUCAACCUUCCUUCUCUCCCUCUCUCCCCCACUUCCACUCUCCCCCUCGUGAGCUCUCACCUCCCUCUAGACCCUCCUCCACAACCAUUUCUGCAGCGCACCCCCAUUCACCACUGUGGGUGCAUCGGACCCUCACGGAUCUGCCCACCACAGCACCACCGCAGUGCCACCUGCCUCUGCUGCACCUCCCCCAAUUGCGCCUCCCCUUCUGGGCCAAUGGGCGUCUGCUGUUCAGGUAACUACCUCCCACCGCUGGCCUAG